CGAUCUCUGGGCUUCACAUAAAUUAUCUGUUACGCUAAUUUAGUCUCUUAUUAAUCAAAUUUAGUGCAGGAUUCUAGAUUUUGUUGAUUUUUUUUUUUCGAAAAUUUCGGAAUUGCUGGAAACCGUUCUUUCAGGGUGGUGCAAUUGAUGAUUGCUACGGAUGAAAUUACUGCUACUUAAGUUUUAAGUGUAAAUAAUUAGAAUUAUCACUAUGAUUUUUUUUAAAGAUAUUUUCUAAAGGGGGGGGGGGGGUUCGGAGGGAGGGAGUGGUAGUCAUCAUGGCGACUAUUGGGAUCAAACCCUGGUUGUAUACGAGGGACUUAGACGGUUAACCACUGGGCUAUGCUAUUCUCAAAUCUUAUUGGCUCUUUUUUUGAUUGUUUAUAAUUUAGUGGGUGUCAUGGUUUAUGUUUAUUUUCAUGUAUAGCCUCUGAAACGGUCUUUGAUGAUGUUUACGUAUUGUAUGGAUGAAUUUGGUUUAAUGAAAGUGGUAGUUGGGUUGGAAUAUCUUCUCAGUGUCUGUAAACUUGAGUUGAUUGUUGUAUUUCUGCCUGGGAGCUAGCAUCCCUUAGCAAUGGUGGUAUUCAGUUGAUUACUUUAACGAAGACGUUAAAUGGAUUUUACUUGAGGUCUAAAGGCGCUUGCUACGUCAAGAAGACGUUAAAUGGAUUUUACUUGAGGUCUAAAGGCGCUUGCUACGUCAACAAUCCGUUCACUUUUAGACUUCCUUAAUUUAGUUAGUGAGGAAUCAGGUGGUUGCAGCAAUUGGUGCUUUGAAUCCUAUGCAAUGUUAUGAGGAUUAAAAAUUACCCUGUCUUUAGGACUGGUGAUGAUCAAAAUGGGGAGACUGCCAGAAGAUUCAAUUGGUGUUACAGAUAUAUGGACUGGAAAAGUUUACAAUGCAUAUCUUUAGUUGCGUAAUUUGUUUUCUUUCAGGCCUUGAAGUAGCACGGUACUACUUUUGAAUGCUUAUCUUUGUGAAUCUGACUCAAAAAGGUUGUUAGGAAAUCCUUCCCCCAUGUGCGACAGGUUUCUGGUAAAAUUGUGGAAAGAGGCUGGGGUUCAAGAGCUAGAGUGAUAUAUCUAGAUGGAUAGUGUCAGAGAAAAGUGCACUAUGUGAUUGCUUUUUUUACCCUGCUAGGCUACGUAUGAGCACUUCUUAGUACUGAGUUUUGAGAUUCAUGGUAGUGGAUAUGGAUUGUGGGACUAGUGAAUCAGUGGAUACUUCUCACUCAACUGAUGAGAAUGAUGAGGCUGGUGAUGUUGGUGAUUUUGAAUGCAAUAUCUGCUUUGAUUUAGCUCAAAAUCCCGUUGUGACACUUUGUGGCCAUCUUUACUGCUGGCCUUGCCUGUACCAAUGGCUGCAAGGUCAUUCGUAUUCCCACGAAUGUCCGGUUUGUAAAGCCAUAAUAGCUGAGGAGAAACUGGUUCCUAUAUAUGGAAGGGGCAAAGGAAGAUCAGAUUCAAAACCCUUCCAAAUAUCGGGAGUUAAUAUUCCAAAUCGGCCUGUUGGGCAAAGACCACCAUCAGCUCCGCCUGUAAAUAUGAACCACUUCACACAAGAUCAGUUGGAUCCCAUGUCAAAUGCAAGGUUUGGAAACCUAACGCUGUCUGCUCUUUUUGGCAUUAUUCCAGCUGUUUUUAGUUUUCAGAUGCAUGCAAUGCAUGAUGCCACUGUCUAUGGGGCAACGACAGGAGUGCCCUAUGUGUUUUCAAGUUCAUUCCACGGAGGAUACUCUCAUGGUUUUCAUCACCAUUCAACUCAAGUGGAGGGGAAACUGGUCUUUUGGAAGAUAAUUGCCCUGCUUGCUGGCUUCUUAAUACUUUUGCGUCUAAUUUUUUAGGCGUUCGAUUUCAGAAGUUGGUAGUCAUGCUAUUGUAUGUCGAGAGAACUGUCUAAUGCACGUUUGCUUGAUCUGUGGUCGAAAUGUCGACUUAGUUCUGAAAGUGACAUCUUCCUCUGUUCGCAUUUCAUAUCGAAUUAGCGUUUGACUUGUGCUCUUUGCUUUCCCUCGACUCAACGUAGAUGAUUACAAUAA